AUGUCGCUCCCGCCCCUCACGCCGCAGGUGGCGGAGCUCAGGGGGGCGGCCCCCGGCUCCCCGCCUCCUCAAGACCCUGAUCCCCAGCCCCCCAGUAGCAAGCGGCUCCGUCUCGAGGAGCCUGGCGGGGUCUCCGAGGCGGGGUGGAGGCUGCCUCUGGUGCCUCGCCUGUCAGAGGCGGAGAAGGAAUGGGCGCUGUCCCCCAGACCCUUCGGGGCGCUGCUCCUUUCCCCUGAGGCCAUUUUCGGCCACUCCGCAGACUUGCGUGAGGAGAAACCGGCCAGGGGGAAGCAGAUUAGAAAUCUGGGAUGUCAGAAUAGCGGAUUCGAGAUGAAUGCCUGUUUGCAGCCUCCCCCCUCAGGAAGUUUGGAUUCCGGUUCGAGGGCUUCCAGAAGGUUCUCUGGAGCAGGGCUGUGUGACAGGGAGGCUGUCAGUGCGCCCCGCAGUGACAGAUCCCACGCUGAGGUGGGGCAGCUUCGGCCCGACAUGUCCCUACACGACACACAGGGACCUGAAAGCGAGGAUGGGAAACGGCAUUUAGUCCCAGGGAGAGGCCAGAGGCGGACGGACAAUAGUUCUAGGAAACCGGCAGGAAAUCUGUGGCGGGACCUUACCUUUCACCAGGAAACGAACCCAACAUUCCACCAAGGGGAGGACAGAUGGGAAGCUGGCAGUGCUACCCAGUCAAAUAAAAAGGAAAGGAACAUUCCAGCAUCUGUGCUAAAAAUACCCAAAUCUCAAAGCCAGCCCGGCGUGAAAAUGGCCAAACCCGGGUUUUCCCGAGAGAGCAGCACAGGACCCCUCCCCGGGCUUCCAGCUGACUCAAAGAGCAGGCGGCCCCCUGUCUAUUUAAAGGAAAGAGCAAAGAAAAAGAGCGGCAAAAAGGAGACAUUUGUCACCGGUUCCACAGACAGUUACGGGCCCCAAAACAGACGGACCGUCAAGAGGCGCAGGUUUCUGGACGAUAAAAAUCUUGUGGAUGCAGGAGAUGGGUUUCCUGAAUGUUGUGAAAGGAAGGGCCGAUCGGUCGUCAGUAACAGAAGUAUCUGUGUGAGGGGGGAAAGCUUGACCAGUUUACAGCACGAUAAGCACAGUGGUAUCGAGUCUGAUGUAAGAGAGCCUGAUAGGAAUGUUACGAUAACACUGCAAAAUGCAAAUCGGGAGGAAGCGGAGACAUGCUUGGACUGUUGCAUGUCCACCAGGUUAGAAAAAUGUCCAAGCGAGAACUAUAACGUUAGACAUAUUUUGAGAAAAAAUCGGGAGAACAGCUGGGUUAUGCAUAAUUACCAAACUAACUGUGAAAAUACGAAGAAAACUGGAGAAAAAUGGAAUUUGCUGCAAUUAUCAGAUACAGCUCAUUUAAGCCAAGAAGAUUAUUAUAAUAUAAAAGCCAUGAAUACACAUGAAGAACAGCCAAAGCUUCUCAUGAUAGGAACACUGGGUAGCCAAAAAGCUUUAAUAAAUUUUUUUUGGUUAAGUGGUAAAGGAGAAAACAAUAAUAUGCUACAGUUGCCAUUGCAAUAUUAUACCUCACAAAAAUACUUUUAUUUAAGCAAUAUUUUUGUGAAUUUCAUUACAGAAAGGUUUUACUCCCAUAAAGGUAUUUCAGCAAAUGAAGCAGAUAAUAGUAUUUUAGCCUGGCAUGAAAUUUUGAAGUGUCUAAAGCAUACUGAUGUUCAUAAUCUAAUAAUUAGUAAUAUAAAUGUCAAUAGAAGAAAUAACAUUUAUUUACAAACCGGUGUUUCAAAAGCUCUACAUAUCAUAUUAAAAGCCAACAUAGCUUCUUUGCUCAAUAACUUUGACUCUUUAACUGGAACUGAAAAUGAUUCUAAAUUAGAAGAGGGGUGCAUUUUCAAAUGGAUAAUGUGUUUGAAUUUUCCAAAAAAUAUUACGGUAGAAAAUCAUAUUAUAUAUCUAGGAAGGACUUUAACUUUUUCAAUACCAUUACAAGAUAAUAUGAAACCUAUGUUAGAGAAGAAAAAGCUAUUUAAAACUGAACAAGUUUUCAAAGAGUUUAAGAAACAACCCAUCAAUUCCUUUAGUGUGACAACUAAAAAUAUAGUUUUAAUGGACUUUGAUGACAGGGAUGAAAUUAGUUACAAGAGUAAGACUUGUCCUGAACAAGUAAUGAAUGUGAAAAAUUGGGCUCAGUGUAGUACAAACACUGUGAAAAUGCAUGUUAAUUCUCUUCCUCAAUUCAUACAGAACAACUAUGAAUAUAUCAAUGAAAACUUUUGUGAAAUAAAUAUGCACAAUGAAAAUUUAGAUACUGAAAGAAAACAGGAGCAUAACAAGAUUAGUAGCUUUAAUUGUAAGUGCAUUGUUGAAGAUAUCUUCAAUGUUAGGCAACAAGCCAUACCAGCAAGCCACUACACAAAACGUACUGAACAAACCAAUCCCAUGAUUUUAACUCAAGUUCAAAAUUUUGGGAGCUUGCUAAAAAGUGAAAUGGAAGCAAAAAGACAUGACUUAAUUUUAAAGGAGGAAGAAAAUGUCAUAGCACAAAGUCUAACAUACUGUCACCAAGUUCAUAAAGAUAUUAAGAUUGAAAAGAAAGAGAAAAAUAGGUUUUAUUCAUUGGAUGGCACUUUUUCUGUUCAACCAGUUGCAUUAAUAAGUAGGGAAGAAAAUGUGGAAGAGACUAAAUAUGUUAAUCAACAUAAUCUAGCUGACAAAAAGGAAUAUGAGAGUAUUUUGCAAGAAAGUGAGUUAGCUAAUUUAAAGCAUUUUUAUCCAAAGAAUGACUCUACAGAAUGUGUUCAACAUCAAUUUGAAGCUGAUCUGAGGGUAGGGAACAAUGCAUGUUUUCAGGAUUUAACUGCCAAGUGUUUACCAACAGAAGCUAUGACAAUAGCCAAAGAUUUUGAGAUGAAAAGUAAAUUUGAUUUAGUUCUUGAAGAACUUCAUAUGUUUCACAAAAUCAGUAAGGAAAAUGAAAUUCUAAGCACUGUGGAAACAAACAAUGGGCAAGAAAAUUACUUUAGAGAAAAUAACGCUGUGGAGACGGUAAAAACAAAGAUAAAAAAAGAUUUGAAAAUAGGUACAGUCAACAAAAUCUGUGCAUCUUCUUUGCUCUGUGAUGCUAAAGCAGGUCCUAAUAUGCAUAAAAGACACCACAGUUUAUUUAACUGGGAAACAGUACAAAGAAACAGAGAACAGGAAGUUCCUAAUGAACAUUCCUGUUUAAGAACCUCAGAGGAAGAAGUACUCUAUUCGACUUCUGAGGAAGAUUGUGAGAAACCCUCACCCAAAAGAUCUGCUUUUUCCUCUGAUGAAUUUAAGGAAGAAAAAAUUCAUUAUAUAGUGAAGGGAGGUAGUAAUUUUUCACAUGGAAUUUCAAGAGUACUACCUCUUAAGACAUGCAGUCGUCCAAUCAGAGUUGGUUUGUCAAGAAAAGCCAAACUUAGACAACUUCAUCCCUAUUUAAAGUAA